AUUUGCUACUGCUUAAGAGCCUAGGCAAAGCUCAGAGCCACAGACAGAAAGAGAGCGAGCCAACAGAGGUCUGUGCAAGGGUCUGGGAAUAUCGGCAACACCUUCACUAGGUGGGAUACAACACUGACAUACCACUAUUUGGGGGAAAGCUGGCAAACAUAAUUUGGAAGUCUUAUUGUGAGAAGGAUCCCCUCAAUCCACACGACUCUCUAAAGUAGGUGUUUUUAUAGAGACCGUCAAGUAUAAUCUACAGCUUUGUGGGGGUCACAACAUGCAUGGACUGGUAGUUUGACAUUGGAAUUGCCUUUCUGGGUUUCAGUCAAGUUGUAAGGGAUUCAGUCAUCUAGUCAUAUUUCCAGUGUUAUUCUUGUUGUUUUUUGUAAAAUGGCAUCAGACUUGACAGCUUCUACUGCUAAUCAUGACAGUUAGAGAAUGGACUUUCCUGGACAUUCUUCCAUGAGCUGCUCACUCCCCCCUCAGCUCUGCGGCUGAACCAGAGUGGGUGUAGGGCAGCAUCAGGGAGACUCAGGCUGCUCAUGAUGGGGAACGUCAUACGUGGCGCUGUGGCCUUCAUCCCCUCCGAGCGCUGCCAGCGUUUCCUGGUGGGUGACCUGAAGGAGAUGCCUCUCGAUCGGACACUAGACCUGAGCAAACUGCAGCUGCGUCGUCUUCCUGUGGCUGCCUGCCUGUUCAAUGAGCUGGUCAAGCUCUACCUAAGUGGCAACAACCUGAGCACCCUACCUGCAGACUUGCAGGGCCUGAGGAAGUUGCAACUCUUAGCUCUUGACUUCAACUGUUUCGAGGAGCUGCCUGCGGCUGUGUGUCAGCUACCUCAGCUUAACAUCCUGUAUCUGGGCAACAACCAGCUCUGGUGCCUCCCCCGGGAGCUGGGCGAGCUGAAAGAACUUAAUACCCUGUGGUUGGAGACUAACUGUUUCACUCAGUUCCCCAGUGUGGUCUGCGACCUCCCCAACCUCAAGACGCUCCAUCUGGGGUACAACCAGAUAAGCAAACUGCCCAUGGAGCUCGGUGGGUUAGAGGAGCUGAGGAGUAUCUGGCUAGCCGGGAACCAGCUGUGUGAGUUCCCGCCAGUGUUGCUCGCCAUGCACCUUCUGGCCGUGAUCGAUGUGGACCGCAACAAAAUCCGCCGCUUUCCUGGUCUGUCCCACUUGCAGGGCUUGAAACUGGUAAUCUAUGACCACAACCCCUGUGUGAACGCACCUGUGGUCGGGGCGGGGGUCAGAAGGGUUGGACGCUGGGCAGACAGCUCGGAUGAUGAAGAGGAUGGUGAGGAUGGGUUGAAAGUGUGUGAGACUCCGACUGAGGUGAAGGAACUUGCCUCCGAGGGACAACUGGACUCACUACUUGAAAAGGGUUGUGGAAGCAUCUGACCUUCAACCGUGGCUAAACUGGGGAACAGGAUGCCAGUCAAGUGGAGCACUUACUGGAGAACGACCACUUACUGGAGAACGGCCAGCAGCCAGGCCUGAUGGUGUUUUGUUCCAAAUAUGGUCAGGCCAAUGAUAUGGACCUAAACACAGAUGACAAAUAAUAAGCUGUUACGAUUGGUUUCCAUCAUGAUGAAACAUGGACCUCACGAAGAGUGCCAGGAGGAAUCUGAUAUGAAGUUCACUACUUUUACAUCACUGUCUGCAGACUUGAAGGAUUUUCUUUUGCUCGUAUUCAGUUAAUUUUACAGGUUAUUUUCCAAUUCAAUUAAUUUCUGGAGACAUGAACUCCAGGGCACACCACGUCGUUUCAACAUGGAAAUUGGGGUAAUAUUGUUGAGAUGUUGAUCAAUGAGAUUUCAACCUUUAAUCUCCCACUCAAAUGACAGACAGAAGUUUGUUGUAUUCCCAAUGUGUUAUCACUAUGGUUUCAACCAUCUGAAAGCACAACAAAAUUCCAAUAGAAAAACCAUGUCUGAUUUUUUUGUUUUGUUGUCAUCUAAAAUGUGUUAUCACAGCACUUUAAACCAUUUUAAAGCACAACAAAGUUAGAAUGAUAAUACAAUGUCAGAUCUUUUGUAUUUAUACAACAACUUAAUGUGUUAUCACUGUGCUUCAUCUAAUAGCAGAACCAAAUUACUUGGAUUGCAGUUGAGAUUACAUUAAAAGUACAUAUUGCAAGUGAUCAAUGCUGUUAGAGAUUCUGCACAGAUUAUUUAAGCAUUUGUGAAGAGCUCCACAGACCUGCGACCUUUGCAUCUUGAACAAGCAUGCUUUCUAUGAUUACAGAAGAAGACAUUUAUAGUUACAUUAGCGUAACCUCAACAUGUGGUCAUGGAUGUGUUAGUCAUUUUAAGAUUGAAUAAAUACUAUUACAUUAGUUUGUAAGUUAGCAAAAACUUUAGGCUAUUUACUGUCUUACAAAAGUAAUAUUGAAUUGUGUUUGGUUGACAACGCAACCAAAUAUCAAAAUUUAAAGGAUAUCUAAUGCUUGCAUAGUUUCAUCUGAGCCACUGGCUAAAUCAUAUGCUUAACAUUUUAUUUUUGGUUUAGUUGGAGAUGUAAAUCCAACAUAAUUUGUUAACUUGUCAACAAGUUAAUAGGCUAUUUACUGUAUUGCAAAAGUGAUAUUGAAUUGUGUUUGGUUGUCAACGCAACCAAAUAUCAACAUUUGAAUAAGAUAUACAGUGGGGCAAAAAAGUAUUUAGUCAGCCACCAAUUGUGCAAGUUCUCCCACUUAAAAAGAUGAGAGGCCUGUAAUUUUCAUCAUAGGUACACUUCAACUAUGACAGACAAAAUGAGAAAAAAAAUCCAGAAAAUCACAUUGUAGGAUUUUUAAUUAAUUAUUUGGCAAAUUAUGGUGUAAAAUAUGUAUUUUUGGCCCAUUCCAUACAUGCACAAUUGGUGGCUGACUAAAUACCCCCCCCCCCCACUAUAUGUAUCUUUUGUGUCACUGACGUGGUCUGACUUUAAUUCCAGUCUGUCUACAAAUUAUUAAUUGAUAUGUUGGAUUAAAGUCUCAAACAAUAAACAAGUUACAUAAUAGGAAUACAUUUAAUAAAACUUUAAAUGCACUUCAAAAUAAAGUUGGAUUUAGUCCCAUUCAUUCAUUUCGAUGUUUGGUUAAGAUGGAAACAUGAAUCCCACAUAUCAAUGAUUAAUUUAUACAUUACAUUUUAAAUCAACCAAAGCUUGAAACUCUAGGCCUUUAUGUAUUGUCUAUUUUUAGUUGAAUCCUGAGUUGAAUUGAAACAAUAGCGGUUGAUUACUUAGCCUGAAUAGUAUCAUUGAUGAUAUGACAAAGAGUAUGGUUACCCUUUAGAAUGACUAAGAGCAACAGUGAAUAUAUUUAAUUAUUAAUAGAUCUAUCAAUAUCAUGAUAGCACAUUGGUAGUCGUCAGUGUCAAAUAUCAAAUCUAAGCAGGACUGGGCCUGCUUAAAAAAAACCUGGAUGGGAUAUCAAAUGAAUAGCUGUUGUAGAUAGGUCAAGUAAGAGGUGCUGCCCAGCCUAUAGUUUUUUAAUUCUGAUAGUGGAUAUACAAUUGAAGAUCUGACAUUGUUUCAAUGGUACAAACUCAACAUGUGUUACACAAGGUUUGCAUGUGUUAAUUAAAAUUACGACAAUAAUGUGGUUGAAAUUUCACCCUCAAAACAACAAUUUACAUUGAUAAAUUUUUUCAAAUUAUAUGUAUUUUCCAUGUAGAUUUGACAUCACAAUACAUUGACAAAUUACAUUGACACAAUGUUGA